AUGGCAUCAAAUUUUCCUAGUGGAGAAAAUGACUCACAACGUUAUUCGGAUAUAGCCGAAGAGCUAAGAACAAGUCCUUCACAUUUCCAAGAUGAGCCAGAGAAAGAAGUGACUGAAACUCAAUCGACUGUGAAGUUAUCGUAUCAACAGAAGGAACUUACUGAUGCCAAGAUGCAGCUCAUUAGGAAUGAAGCACUAAUAGAAGAACAGUGUACCGAACUCGAUCUAUCUGAUGACGAAAUUACCCAUGAAGGUGGAUUGAAUAUAGAAGAGAUUAUCCAGAACAAUCAGGUAACAUUUUGA